GUAUAAGUUGUGAGUUAUUUGAGCGCGUAUUGCAAGAGGAAAAGGCAAAACAAAACAAAACAAAAAGGCAUCAAGUUUUCUAACGAACACAGCAACCCAUAUAUAUAUAUAUAUAUAUAUACAAAGCAACGUAACUGUUUACAAAUACAUGCAUAUACACAUACAUACGCAUAUAUGUGGAUGUGUUUGUGGAUAUUGUUUACUACCGCACCAGCGCUAAAACAAACAACCAGGUGAAAGAGCAGUCAGCAAAAAAAUCCAAAAUAAAACAAAAUUAAAAAAAAGCUGAGUUUAAAGACACACGAGAAAAAAAGAGAAAUUUUCGAUACUUCUGUCAACCCCACGACGCAGAUAUAAAAGAAAAUAGUGAAUAUAUAUAUAUAUAUAUAUAUAGACGACAUAUAUAUUGCUGAAGAGCUGCUCAGUUACAAUGGCCAGCAGCAACUCGACACCCAUCACAGAUUUUUAUGCGGGACGCAAUGUGUUCAUUACGGGCGCCACUGGUUUUGUGGGCGUCACCAUCGUUGAGAAACUGCUGCGAGAUGUGCCCGAUGUGGGCACCGUGUAUCUGCUGAUGCGCGCCAAGAAGGGCAAGAGUGUCGAGGAACGGCUCGAGGAGCUCAAAGCGAACUCCGUCUUCGAUCGCUUCAAGGAACUGCAACUGGAGUCGCGCCUAUCCAAAAUUGUGCCCAUCGAGGGCGAUGUGGGUUUGGAGCAUUUGGGCCUGUUGACCAAAGAUCGCGAGACGCUCAUCGCGAAUGUGAAUGUUGUCUUCCAUUCGGCCGCCACACUCGAUUUCUUCCAAUCGCUCAAGGAGACGACGAACAUCAAUUUGCGGGGCACGCGUCGCGUUGUCGAGCUCUGCCAGCAGCUGCGAAAAUUGGAUGCCCUGGUGCACGUGUCCAGUGCCUAUGUUAAUUCCUAUCUUACCGAAGUCGAGGAGAAACUCUAUCCAUCGCCCGAUGAUCCCGAAAAGAUCAUACAACUGGCCGAAACGCUCAACGAUGAGGCGCUCAAGGCGCUGGAACCCAAAUUGCUCAAGGAUCAUCCCAAUACUUACACGUUCACCAAGCAUCUGGCGGAGCACGAGGUGGCCAAGGUCUCCUCGCAAUUCCCCUGCGGCAUCGUUCGUCCCAGCAUGAUUACGGCCGCUUGGAAGGAACCCAUACCCGGGUGGACAAUCUCGAAGAAUGGACCGCAGGGCUUCUUUAUGGGCGCUUCGAAGGGCAUUUUGCGCCGUUUGCCGCUGGAUCCCUCAAUCAUCAUGGACUACAUACCCAUCGAUGUGGUGGUCAAUGGCAUUAUAACGACGGGUUACUACGUCAAUUCAUUAAAAGCUAAGAACGGAGAUCGUCCGGCUGAGCUGCAGAUCUUCCAUUUGACAUCAAGCACAUAUAAACCAUUCCGUUUUGAUUUGCUCAAGGAUAAGAUCAAUGGGUAUUUGCAUGAUUAUCCAUUGAAUAGCGCUGUCUGGUAUCCCAAUUUGCGUCUGGUUAGGAGUCUGAUGCUCUUCCGCCUUGGCGCUAUACUCUUCCAUUUUAUACCCGGCUUCAUUCUCGACUUUGUCACCAAAGUUUCCGGUGGCAGGCCUAUUUUGAUACGUUUGCACAAGAACGUUUGGAACUCGCUGAACACCUUGGAGCGUUUCAUAUUCACUGAAUGGCAUUUCGAUAGCAAACGUCUCCUGGCGCUCUCCAAAUCGAUGAAUCCCGCCGACAGGACAAAGUUCAACAUUGACAUUGGGGAACUGACAUGGGAUGAGUAUUUCGCCAAUACGAUUCGAGGUGUGCGCCAGUAUCUCAGCAAGGAGUCUCCCAAGAAUCUGGAGAAGGCGCGUUCCAAAGACAAAAUUUUGCUGGGUUUGCAUGUGGCGCUUCAGCUGCUCUUCUUCUUUGGCGUCUUUAAACUGAUUAUUUGUGUGACCGGCAUUUCCAACGCGAAAGCAGCUCUCAUUAUGCCCGUAUUUUAUUAUCUCUUUGGACUGAUUUAGGGCCUUCCAUCUACAUCCAUUUACAUCGGCGAAUGUGUAUUUUACAAAUAGUUGAACAAUUUCACAAUAAUAUUUAUGGCAAGGUUUGGUUUUACAUCUCUUCAUUUCUUUUGAACACAAAUAUAAGACACAAAAAUAUCAAA